GAGGAACAUUUAUCACUGAUGAGAGGGGUGAUUUUUAUAAUUAAAAUUAUGGGAGCACCUCAAGGUUCUGAUUUGAGCUCGUAUUGAAGUACUGCCACCAUGAACGAUACGACAACUUAUUUAAGGUUAUGGCAUAACGUCACUAAUGUUACCAAUGGUAACGAAAGUGGAUUGGCCAACUCGACCAUCAUAGACUACAUACCGUAUGAAAAAAGACCGGAAACUUACAUUGUGCCUGUGGUGUUUUUUAUUAUUUUUGUGGUCGGUGUCAUUGGAAAUGGCACUUUGGUCGUCAUAUUUUUAAGGCACAGGACUAUGAGAAAUGUUCCAAACACGUAUAUUUUAUCAUUGGCUCUAGCUGAUCUUCUAGUUAUUAUAACUAGUGUUCCCUUCACAUCGACGAUAUACACUGUGGAUUCUUGGCCAUGGGGUCUAACAAUAUGCAAAAUAUCGGAAACUGCGAAAGACAUUUCUAUAGGGGUAUCCGUUUUCACCCUGACUGCUUUAUCUGCAGAUAGAUUUUUUGCCAUUGUAGACCCGUUAAAGAAGUUUCAUACAAGUAGUGGUGGCAAAAAAGCAACAAGAAUAACCUUAUGUGUGGCAAUAUCCAUAUGGAUUCUUUCCAUAAUAUGUGCGAUACCAGCAGCCAUAGGCUCUCACCUAAAGACAUUUGACGAAGGCGACAUAUCCUUCGUGGUUUGUUAUCCUUAUCCAUCAUGGCUGAACAAUAAAUAUCCACAAGUGAUGGUUUUGGCUAAAUUUUGCAUCCUUUAUUUGGUACCUUUGGCCAUUAUUGCCAUAUUUUACAUUUGUAUGGCGGUGUAUUUGAUAAUAAGUACCAGAAAUGUUCCUGGAGAGAUACAAGGAAUGCAAAGACAGAUAAGAGCAAGGAAAAAAGUCGCCAUCACAGUUCUCGUCUUCGUCUUAAUGUUUGCAGUAUGCUUUUUACCAUCGAACAUGUUUAUGAUGUUCUUUUAUUUUCAUCCCAAUGCCAGCGAGAUUUACAACGACUUCUGGCACUUUUUAAGGAUCAUAGGCUUCUGUUUGAGUUACCUGAACUCGUGCGCUAAUCCAGUGGCACUUUAUUUUGUGAGCGGAGCUUUCAGAAAACACUUCAACAGAUACUUGCUGUGCAUCAAGCCGAAACGUUCCCGUUGCAACACAUGCCAGGGUCAGCAUACCACGCAAAUGUCUCUCGUUUCCACAAAGAGGCAGCAAUCGGUGUGCGGCGUUCGGAAAGGAGGACAAGGCGUCUCGAUUAACCGGCGCCCGCUCGAGCCGCCGUUGAUCACGCAGGAGACUUCCGUCGCGCUGCUGCUUAACAACGGAGAAGAGCACAUGUGCAGCAAGAUAUAAGGGGACUAACUGCCUCUUUUUUACGUUUUUAACUUUUUUUCCUGGAAAAAGGAAAAUUCUAUAAAUAUUAUUAUGUAAGGAAUAUGUAAGUAAAUUUUAAGAUCAUACAGUUAGUAUUACUAGUUAUUGUAAAAAAUAGUUUACUUUAAAAUAGGACCAAUAAUAUUUAAAUCUCAUAUGUGGUAUUAUAUAUAGUAUUAUAAGCAUUCUUAUCAGACUGAUUUGUUUUUAUUUAU